AGUCUUGUGGGAAGCGCGUCCUGAGGGAGACACUCGUUUGUUGCUGAAGAAUGGACGAGAAACGCCUGGUGAUCGCUGCGGUGGUGAGUAGCUUGUAUCAUCGCCAGCAGCCCCAAUUUCAUGCUGUACCCUCAACCUACGCGGUGGUAGCUCUAGCUUGUUCUAUAAGUGUGGUGUUGGCUGUGUCCACCGUCACUCUACUGGCGGUGACCAUGUCCGCCAAGCAUGGCGGGGAAAAUACUGAACCAAGAAGGAACAAAACCACUCCUCUUCUUCUCAUAUCACUCGAUGGAUAUCGCAGUGACUAUUUUUUCCGCUAUCAACCAACGCUCAAAAGUAUGGCAGAAAAUGGGGUGAAAGCUCACUUUAUGAUGCCCUCAUAUCCAACCGUCACCUUCCCCAACCACUACACCAUCGUCACGGGAUUGUACCCCGAAUCACAUGGUAUCGUCGCCAACAAUUUCUACGAUCCAGACUUUAAUGAAAGCUUUGCCAUUAACAUGAAGGUCAAGGACGGAAAGUGGUGGGGAGGAGAGCCCAUCUGGCACACACUCACCAGGCAGAACAAAACAAGCGCCACUUUCUUCUGGCCCGGAUCUGAUUUUAACAUCACUGGCCAUUAUCCGACCUAUUAUCGUCCCUUCGAUAAAGCAGUGCCUUUCGAAGAGCGCAUCGACCAGGUGGUGGAAUGGCUGUCGCUUCCCGAUGAGACCAGACCGGACUGGGUAUGCGUGUACCUUGACGAGCCUGACAGCACUGGACAUGCGUUCGGUCCUAACACCGCUCAAGUGGAUGACAUUUUGAUCAGAGUGGAUGGAAUGAUGAAUCGUCUUCUAUCUGGCCUGAGACGGAACGAUAUGGAAGACAAAGUGAACAUCAUAGUGUUGGCAGAUCAUGGCAUGGCACACGCAGGCAAAGAAAAAUAUAUCAAUCUUACUGACUACGAUGCUAAUAUCGAAAGUUCAACAACACAGAUCACUUACGGAGCCUUCACUAUGAUGAACCUCAAGGAAAAUGUGGCCAUCGAGGACAUGCUAAACAAAUUAUCAUGCCCACCUGGAGCCCCAUCCAUCAGGGCCUUCCCACCGGAAGACCUCCCCACACGUUUCCAUUAUUCUUACAACUCACGGAUUGGCGACAUCGUACUAGAUUUCGACAGCGGCUAUUACACCACAUAUAAUUACACAUUAGAUGGGGAGCACGGUUAUGAUAACCAUGAUAGCUUCAUGGAAGCCCUCUUCAUUGCCACUGGACCUGACUUUAAGAAGGGUGUAUUGCUGGAACCAUUUCAAAACAUCGAGAUUUACAAUCUAAUGUGUUACCUGACCGAAGUGGAGCCUGCGCCAAAUAAUGGCACUGAGGGAGCCCUCUAUGCUGCAUUGCUCGACCCCCCAGAAUUACCUGAAGUACCUGUGGAGGACCUACUGGUACCUGAAUACCCAACUAUCCUGACUGAGGAAUUACUGACGAUGGCGCAAUGCCGGGACAAUAACUUAACUGAAGAGGAACAACAACAGCUGCAAGAGAUCAAUAUAAACCAGAAUGAACAACUUGACUUAACUCUGCUCCACCUUCCAUGGGGCAUCCCUUCAUCUGGCAACCAGUCUGCCGAUGUGAUACUGCUCUACCAUAAGGACCACGUCACAGGAUAUUCUGAAAAGCUGAAGAUGCCUGUGUGGACAAGCUUCACCGUGAACAACCCACCGCAGGGGACACCGAGGAACGAAAGUUUGUGGCUUAGCGAUGUGCGUCUAAAUAUAUCCAACACACCUACAUGUGAAUCCUACCUCCAAGAAGAUCUUUCCAUGUUUCCACUUUUCCCUCCUGAACUCUCCACCAAUGGAAGCCUUGACCUUAUCCCAUAUUUAGUGAGCAACUCUGUGCCACUGGAAACCACAACAAGGAUCAUGGACUAUUUGGCUGAUUUCUUGCAACAGAUCCAGAUGAAACAGAAAACUUCAAUAAACGUGAAGCUUGGACCCGUAUUUGACAAUAAUGCAGAUUCCCUCCCUGAUGACUUUUUAAAUUCUACGAAUCUACAAGUCCCUUCUGAUCUCUUCAUGGUGAUCACCCACUGCAGAGAAGUGGGAGUUUCCAUCCAUAACUGUGGAAAUGACUCCCUUGAUGCAGUCUCCUUUAUAAUUCCUGAAAAACAGACUGUUGACAACAACUGCAAGAUGGAUCCAGACUACACUAUUACUAUGUUCCUGUCUACAGUCCAUGAUGUAGAGCUAGCUACAGGCCUUACCUUCUACCCUGAGCUUGAGCCUUCUACACGCCUACAACUGGCACUCAGGAUCCACAGAAAUGUUAAAGAAACUUUAAUGCAGAAACUUUAAUAUGACAUGUACACAAUUGAGCAAUUAGUUUCAUUCUGUAUAAUGUAAAUGUAAUGCAUGCAGAUAGUUUUGUAGAUAAUAUGUAUAAUUUCUGGGCUAUUGUAUAUGAUAGUGCAAUAAUUUAUGCAACAAACAUGUCAUUUGUACUUAAUGCAACUACUGUAUACUCGUAUACCUAUUUAUGCAGUGCUGGUGUGUACACAUUCCCUUGUGGGUAUCUAUUGUUGUAGUUGAAUAAAAAUAUUCUGCUCACUUUUAUUGUGAAGCAGUCAUUUGGUUCUUAACCAGCAUUAUACAACAGUACAUAUCAAGUGAAAAUAAUCACCAUCAACAUUUGUAGUACACCAGGUUACAGACAUGUGGUCCUAUAUCCAUAAAGUAUAUUUGUGUUUAUUCAA